AUUCGUUCAAGUUGCCUCAUUCAAUUUAUAUGCUUAAGCAUCUCUACAUAUAAAAACGUGUAACCUCACUUGAAAUAAAGAAGUAUAUCAAGGCUAAGUUCCAAGAAGGGUUGAAGGCAGUGUUUAUAUCCUGCCCCUUCUUUGUAGACUUGCUUGCUUUCCCGGUUCAAUCUCACGCCAUGCCGUUUCUUACUCGAUCGAUUGCGCACAUUUCAAGGCAGGGCUCUUUAGGCAGUAUGGAAAAAAUUGAGCUGGAUGAGAAACAAACACGGCUUGAGUCAUUCAAGAAGAAGGCCAUUAAUGCCUCCAACAAGUUCAGGAAUUCCCUGACCAAAAGGGGCAGGAGAAACAGCAGAGUGUUUUCAAUUGUGAUAAUGGAGGACGAGCAUGAUGCUGAGGAAGUCAAGGCUGUUGAUGCUUUCCGCCAGGCCCUUAUCCUCGAUGAAUUGCUCCCUUCCAAACACGAUGAUUAUCAUUUGAUGUUAAGGUUUUUGAAGGCCAGAAAAUUCGAUGUCGAGAAAUCAAAACAAAUGUGGUCUGAUAUGCUCCAUUGGAGGAAGGAGUUUGGUGCUGACACAAUCAUGGAGGAGUUUGAUUUCAAGGAGAAGGAUGAGGUGCUUAAAUACUAUCCACAAGGGCACCAUGGGGUUGAUAAGGAUGGAAGGCCUGUGUAUAUUGAAAGACUAGGUCAAGUUGAUGCCACCAAGCUUAUGCAAGUUACCACAAUGGAGCGUUAUAUGAAGUAUCAUGUCCAAGAAUUUGAGAGGACCAACAAUGAUAAAAUGCCCGCUUGUUCUAUUGCUGCAAAAAGACACAUUGACCAGAGCACAACUAUUCUGGAUGUCCAAGGAGUGGGGCUAAAAAACUUCACCAAAUCAGCUAGGGAACUCAUCCAGGCCAUUCAAAAGGUUGACGGUGACAACUACCCUGAGACAUUGUGUCGUAUGUAUAUCAUCAAUGCUGGUUCUGGAUUUAGGCUCUUGUGGAACACAGUCAAGUCUUUCCUUGAUCCCAAGACCACUGCUAAGAUUAAUGUUCUUGGUAACAAGUACCAGAGCAAGUUGCUUGAAAUCAUUGAUGCCAGUGAACUUCCAGAGUUCUUUGGUGGGACCUGCACCUGCGCUGGCAAGGGAGGAUGUAUGGUCUCGGAUAAAGGCCCAUGGAAUGACCCUGAAAUCAUGAAGAUGGUUCGAAAUGGUGAUCAUAAAUGCUCAAACAAGAUGGCCAUUCCACCUCUUGUUGAGGAGAAAACUAUUACAGAGUGUGAGAGUGCCAAUGUUAAUAAAACUGCUUCCUUCGCAUUGGAUUCAGCAAAGAAACUCCCAUGUGUUCAAGAGGAAGUGAGCCAACCAAAUGAGUACACCCCAACUGUGGACAAGAAUGUUCAUGCGAGUUGGUCCAAGGCACUAAAUACAGUAAAGGGUGACAACUUCAGUGUUGCAAAAGCAGCAGAUUUUUACACAGCACAUGAUGCGUGCAAGUCAGCAGACAAAGGAAGCCAACUGUUCUCAAGCAUGAUGACAUUCGUGAUGGGGGUUGUGACAAUGGUGCGUAUGUCACGCCACAUGCCAAGCAAACUCACAGAUGCGACAUUCUAUUCCGGCUCAAUGCGUGAUGGGAUGGUUAAGGUGAGCGAACCUCCAGCUGCUGUCUCUGUCACGGAGUAUUUGAGCAUGAUGAAACGUAUGGGCGACUUGGAGGAAAAAGUGAUCACUCUCAGCAAGAAACCAUCCACCAUGCCGCCCGAGAAGGAGGAACAGCUAAGCAAUGCUUUGAAUCGUGUUGAUGCUUUGGAACAACAACUUGCUGCCACCAACAAGGCUCUUGAGGAGGCUCUUAGCCAUCAAACUGAGAUUCUCGCGUAUCUUGAGAAGAUGAAAAAGAAAAAGAAGUUCUUUGGCUUCUGAAUUCAUUAAGAAUGCAUAAACGUAUUGUAUUUUGUAUGUGUGUCGUAAGCAACCCAAUGGUUAGAUACUCUCAUAUUCAAGGAGAAAAUUGAUGGAUGAAAUUCACUCCUUGUCUUAUUUCAAUUAUCUUUAUGUAUGUUGUUAAGUGAAAAGCUUUAUAUAAAAUGUAUACAUCAUAUAUGUUAAGUCAAGAAUGGUUUUGCUCGAGUAAAGAUCGGUACACCAGAGUUACGCUUGGGUUUAAAUAAUACUCCGUAAAGAAUUUAAAAGCGAAA